GGACGUGAGUUGUCGUUGUCAGGGACGCUGUACUCAGGGAUCGAGCCAUCGAGAUUUAGACUACCGUGUUUUUUUCCGAUAAAAAAUGGCAAAUAAUGAUUCAUCUAGACAAGUUCUUCUUUCAGUUGAGGCUGAGGCAUACGUUGAAUCACUUGAAACAUUCCGCGUCCAAGAUAUAGGUAGCAGCAAAUGGAUGAAACAACAUGAAUAUUUAGAGAAACUCAACAUGCAAGCUGUGCUUCAUGCUUCAAGCAACCAAGAUGAAUUUGUCAAAGAGAUGCUUUUAUCACAUGAAAAGAUACCUGUUGUGAUUCAAGAACUACUUGCUCUUGAAGUUUGGAAGCAGAAUGUUUUUUCUGUCAUUCAGAGAAUGGACUUUGAACCCAAAACAACCUUUCCUCUCUACAUGGCUUUGUACCACGAGGCCACACUCUCAAACUUGUUGGAAACAAUUCUAUUUCAUAAGGAACCAUGUGAAGCUGCUGAAGAAUGCAUUUUAGAUCUGGUUGAUUACUGUCAUCGUAAAAUCACUGAUCUCAUUGCAAGGCAAGAAGAGAAUAGUGAUAAAGAAGAAGCAGAUCUUCCUCAGGAUGGCAAAUCAAUAGAUGAAUCAUCUGCGAUGGAGGAAUUAAGGAGACAGCAGCGUAAGAUCCAGUUUGACGUGAGCAUCAAGGCAAUAUCCAUAUUUAGAUACAUCACUGACAAUCUAUCCAGUCUUUCACUGAGUGUGACAACAAGAAUCUUAAAUACCCUGGAUCUACCCAGCCUCCUAGUACAGCUUGUCGACGAUCCACCAUGGACAAAAUACAAAGAUGGAAAGUUGACCAAGUACAUAGACAACAAGUGGCAAGAGGUAGCCCCUGGUGACAGGCUUCAGUUGACUAAACUUGAGGGGCAGGUCUGGAUUGCUCUUUACAACCUCCUCAUGGGACCAGAUUGUCAGCAGAAAUAUGCGUUCAAUCCACACAACAAGGCCCAAAUACUCAAGUUACGAUCACAUCUGACAGAAGUGUUGCUAGAUCAGAUACCAAGUUUGUGUGAUCUCCAACGUUACCUUAGCAACCUCUCCAUGAUGGAGCCCCCAGCAGCUCAGACAGGCCUAGUUUUAGAACAGGUUCCAGAAAUCCGAGAGAGACUUCUAAAAGAGAAUGAAGGCAAGUGGAAGGCUAUUGCCAAGCAUCAAGUCAAGAACUUCUUUAAUUCCUCUGCCCAAUCAAUGAGGGACCAAGCAAAAUGUAAGUUUCGAUGGAUGUUCGCAGACAUGUAUAACUUCGAUGUACUAGAGUCCUUGAUAGCAGAACCACCAAAGUGUGCCCUCUGUGGUUCACCAGCUGACAAGAGAUGUUCUCGCUGUCAGAAUGAAUGGUACUGCAGAAGAGAGUGUCAGGUCAAACACUACAGCAAACACAAGAUAGCAUGCAAUCUCAUGGUGGAAGCUGAACAUAAACUCAAAGAAGUUUCAUUAAACAGCUAGCAUUCAAGAAUCACAGACUCGCUAUCACACAAUGAACAAUGGAACAUGGAAUAUCUCAUCUUUGGAGAGUGCAUUUACAGUAACCACGGUAACAGAUUAUUCCCAUCCACCGCUGUUGGAAGGGCAGCCAAAGGGGCCUGGUUAUCUAAUGCAUUGACUACUGAAUUCUGAAAUUGCCAUAUGCUUUGUAUGGAAGUGUCCAUUUGCAGUUGUCAAUAGAACUGCACUUAGGUGGAGACUAAGGCCGUGAAUUUGAAUAUUACAAAGGAACAUUACACCAUGACGACGAUGAAGAUCGGUUCUUAUAUAACGCCGGUAUCCGCCUCCGCUGGGCACUCAUGGCGCUUGCUCAAAACUAUAGGAAAUGUCUCACAAACUUCAAUGUCUUCAUUCAGUUCAAUUACUGUCCUUGUAGUGCUUUAAUACAAUUAUGUCAUUCUUGCGAUUAUGUUGGAGUGAUGACGCUUAUGCCAUGUGAUGCUGACAUUGAUUACCGGUAAAAUGAUUUUGUGCUCAAAGGAUGACGUAGUGGUAAUAUUUGCAUUCUUGGUGCCAAGCGCAGUGAGGAAGGGUGGUAUAGUUCAAAAGAAAUUGAAUGAAAUGUUUGAUGAAUACCACACUGAAAUAAGUCAUGUUCAUACCAAACAAAUCAUUGAAAUUCAUUCAAAUACUACUAUUCUUAUAAAUUUAUUGCAAAAUGCAGUGUAUCUUUUGACAUGCUUUUACAACAGGAUUUAAAAUAUGUUUUUGGUGAAUGAGUUUACAGCAAAUACUUUAUAAAAUCUGAGCCUCACUUAACUUAAACAUUAUAUUUAGUACUGUAAGAAUUACUUAACCAAUGUGAAAAAAGUCUUUCUCUAUAGGCCUACUGUUUGUUGAAGGUUGAGAAUAAAUAAAAUCAUUCAUCUGAAAAUCAGUAUUUACAAUUAUAAGUAUAUGGUUUGCCACAUAGCUAUAAAGUAGAAAGCCUAAACAGAUAGCCAAGUGUGAUUGGUCCAUAGCGCAUCAUAUGAUAUGAUCGAAAUCUGUUUAUUUUCCUAGCCAGUCACCAUUGAUAAAAAUAUUUACCAGAUGGUCAAAUGAAUAUAUUUUUCUAAGUGUAUGGCGCCCUCUUGGAGAAUAAAUGUUGCCAAUGCAUGUCUAAUCAAUUGUAUAAGUUGGCUCAGAAGAGAUAAGUUAUUUCCAAUUCCUUGUUGGUAGAGUUCACUUAUGGUGUGUGAAUGAUGAUAUUUAAUAUUUCAAAUAUAUUCUUGUGGUUUCACUGCCCCUUUAUUUGUAAUAAAGUUCAAUU